GCAGCCAACCCACAGACACCGUGUCCAUAUUUAGUCACUGCUGAGUCUCAGAAAUGUGCCGCUUCAUGGUUUGCAUGAGGAAAUGUGUGAGUAUAAGAAGUGGUGGUUUGUAGAAGCUGCUGGAGACUCUGCAGACAUCAGCCUCACAGACACAGGUUUUUGUGUCAGGAUGACUUCCUGUGUGGUGUCCCUCUUCUUCUUGGCCUUCCUGUGUUCCUCCAUCAAUGCCGUCGAUCCCACCGGCCUCAAACUGAGAAUCACCAACAGAGCGCUGAAUAUUUUGACAGAUGUUGGCCUGGACGUUCUGCAGACGCUGGUUAACAGACCCUUUGCAGACUUCACGGUGGUGUACAGACGCAUCCAGUGCAUCAUUAAGAAGUUGACGCUGACACGUCUAAAUCCAGAUCAGGUUGGUCUCAGUUUCCAGCAGGGUUCAGGUCUCCAGUUUGAGUUUAGGAACCUUACCUUCGCUGGAGACCUUGAGCGGGAAGUCAACCUGCGUUUGUGGAGAGAAUUUCAUCUUGACGCAGGAAGUAUAGCGUUCGGAGGAGCAGGCGUGAGCGCCACCAUCGGAGUGAAACUGAGCCGAAACCAACAAGGACGUCUGAGCAUUGAGAUACCAAACUGUGUUUUCACAGCUGAUGUCAUCCUCACACAGUCUACCGGCUGGAUCGGGCAUCUGGUGGACGUACUCAGACCAGUUCUCCGGAACCUUUUCAACACCCAGCUCUGUCCUGCUGUUCAGAGGUACGCUGUUCCUCAAGUUAACUCCAUGUUGGAGAACAUCUCCAUGGCGAUGACUCUGUACAAAGACCUCAACAUCGACUACUCUCUGAGCGGAGACGUCACAGUGGCCUCCACAUUCCUCGAUGUGCCUUUCAAAGGCUUGGUGUUCAGGCAGGGCGAGACUGUUGAUGCUGGUUCAAUAAGAAGAGGUGCAGAUCCAGUUUUCAGAGAAAGUGACCGGAUGGCUUACGUGGGCGUCUCUGAGUUCCUCAUCAACAGCGCCAUCAUGUCGGUCUACAGCACAGGAGUCAUGGCGCAGACUGAAAUGGUGACCGAUGCAGGUCUGAAGGCUGCUCUGAGAGCUCUCCAGUUGAGUAGGCAACCAUUGCGGAUGACAGAUCCCCUCUCUGCUGAAGUGGAAGUCACCGAGGCGCCGAGCAUCACCACCAGCCAUAGGGAUGGAGUGACGAUCACUGCCAGAGCCAGAGUCCGUGUGUUCGCAGUGCCGGCUGGAAGGGAACAGGAGCAGCUCCUCUCGGUGUCAGCGAGUUGUACGGUUCAGAUAAUGGUCGCCAUCAAGGGAAACUACCUGACUCUCCCUUCAAGCAACGUCGACUGUACCAUCAUCACCAAAAAUAGUAUCAGAGACAAUCUGGUGAAACCUUUGAAUGGAUUGCUGUCGAAAAAGCUGAAGGGCUUCCUGCGUGGCUACUUUGAUAAAGGAGUACUGAUGCCUCUGCCUGAAAGAAUGGGCUUCUCUCAGGGACAGAUCGACUACCAGGAUGGCUUCAUGGUGCUCGGGGGGGACCUGAACUUCACCCCAGAUGCGAGGAAGAAGGCAGUGCUGGAUUUCGGCAGAUAACCAGAAUUAGAAUCUUCCGACUCAGUAUUGUGGGAGGCCAGGGGCCUGAGGGGCCCUCACUCUCACACUGUAUACUCCUCGACAUAGAUUUCAUUUACACUGGGGACAUGUCCCCACCACUUUUUGAAACAAAUAACAAAUAAAAAUUCUUUGAAAAAGGUUUACUUGCACAAUAGAAAAGCAUGAAAUGCAAUGUAAAUAUAGAAGAAACUGAUGUGCCUUGUCCACAAAAAAAAACGAAAAAUGAAAUUAUAUUAUAUUAUACAUUAGAUAAACCAUCAUCAUUGAGUAUAAAUAUAUUUCAAAUAUAAUAAUAAAAGGAAUGAAUCUGUU